AUGUGGGCUGGGGGACGCAUCGUGGUGCUUCCUGGAGGGAUGUCAGGCCAUGACAUCAACGGUGCCCUGGAGCCCUCCAACAUAGACACCAGCAUCCUGGAGGAGUACAUCAGCAAGGAGGACGCCUCCGACCUCUGCUUCCCCGACAUCUCUGCUCCUGCCCAUGCUGCCUCCUACCCCCACGGGCAGCCAGCGAUCCCCAGCUCCAGCGGGGUGCACCACCUGAGCCCCCCUGGGGGUGGCCCCUCCCCAGGCCGCCAUGGCCCCCUCCCACCCCCGAGCUACGGGGCCCCUCUCAACUGCAACAACAACAACGGCAUGGGCGCAGCUUCUAAGCCCUUCCUGGGGGGCCCCGGGCCCCCCAUCAAGGCAGAGCCCAAGGCUCCCUAUGCCCCAGGCACACUGCCGGACUCGCCCCCAGACUCGGGCUCCGAGGCCUACUCCCCCCAGCAGGUGAAUGACCCCCACCUCCUGCGCACGCUAACUCCUGAGACCCUGUGCCACGUGGGAGUGCAGUCCCGCCUGGAGCACCCACCACCCCCUCCAGCCCACCUGCCAGGCCCCCCGCCGCCUCCACCGCCCCCACCUCACUACCCUAUCCUGCAGCGGGACCUGUACAUGAAGGCCGAGCCCCCAGUCCCCCCUUAUGCUGCCCUGGGGCAGGGGCUGGCCCCCGCCGAGCUCCACCACACCCAGCAGUCCCAGAUGCUGCACCAGCUGCUGCAGCAGCACGGAGCCGAGCUCCCUACACACCCCUCUAAGAAGAGGAAGCACUCCGAAUCACCCCCCAACACCCUUAAUGCCCAGAUGCUAAAUGGAAUGAUCAAACAGGAGCCCGGGACCAUGACGGCCCUGCCCCCGCACCCUCCUCGAGCCCCAUCCCCACCCUGGCCUCCCCAGGGCCCGCUCUCCCCUGGCCCCGGCUCCUUGCCUCUCAGCAUCGCCCGGGUCCAGACGCCGCCUUGGCACCCACCAGGCGCACCCUCACCAGGUCUCCUGCAGGACAAUGAUAGCCUCAGUGGCUCCUACUUGGACCCCAACUACCAGUCCAUCAAGUGGCAACCACACCAGCAGAACAAGUGGGCAACACUCUAUGAUGCGAACUACAAGGAGCUGCCCAUGCUCACCUACCGCGUGGAUGCCGACAAGGGCUUCAACUUUUCGGUGGGUGACGAUGCCUUUGUGUGCCAGAAGAAGAACCACUUCCAGGUGACAGUGUACAUCGGCAUGCUGGGAGAGCCCAAGUACGUCAAGACACCCGAAGGCCUCAAGCCUCUCGACUGUUUCUACCUGAAACUGCACGGAGUGAAGCUGGAGGCCCUGAAUCAGUCCAUCAACAUCGAGCAGUCUCAGUCUGACCGAAGCAAGCGGCCCUUCAACCCCGUCACGGUCAAUCUGCCCCCUGAGCAGGUCACCAAGGUGACUGUGGGGCGGCUACACUUCAGCGAGACCACUGCCAACAACAUGCGCAAGAAGGGGAAGCCCAACCCCGACCAGAGGUACUUCAUGCUGGUGGUGGCCCUCCAGGCCCACGCACAGAACCAGAACUACACACUGGCUGCCCAGAUCUCAGAGCGAAUCAUCGUUCGGGCCUCCAAUCCGGGCCAGUUUGAAAGCGACAGCGACGUGUUGUGGCAGCGGGCGCAGGUGCCCGACACCGUCUUCCACCACGGCCGCGUGGGCAUCAACACGGACCGGCCAGACGAGGCGCUGGUUGUGCACGGCAACGUCAAGGUCAUGGGCUCGCUCAUGCACCCCUCGGACCUGCGGGCCAAGGAGCAAGUGCAGGAGGUGGACACCACGGAGCAGUUGAAAAGGAUCUCGCGCAUGCGGCUGGUGCACUACAGAUACAAGCCCGAGUUCGCAGCCAGCGCCGGUAUCGAGGCCGCGGCGCCAGAGACGGGCGUCAUCGCCCAGGAGGUGAAAGAGAUCCUGCCUGAGGCUGUGAAGGACACUGGAGACGUGGUCUUUGCCAAUGGGAAAACCGUAGAGAACUUCCUGGUGGUGAACAAGGAGCGCAUCUUCAUGGAGAACGUGGGUGCUGUGAAGGAGCUGUGCAAGCUGACGGACAACCUGGAGACACGCAUCGAUGAGCUGGAGCGCUGGAGCCACAAGCUGGCCAAGCUGCGGCGGCUCGACAGCCUCAAGUCCUCUGGCAGCUCGGGUGCCUUCAGCCACGCCGGGAGCCAGUUCAGCCGGGCGGGCAGUGUCCCCCACAAGAAGAGGCCCCCCAAGGUGGCCAGCAAGUCGUCAUCCGUGGCCCCAGACCAGGCCUGCAUCAGCCAGCGCUUCCUGCAGGGCAGCAUCAUUGCCCUGGUGGUGGUCAUGGCCUUCAGCGUGGUGUCCAUGUCCACACUGUAUGUGCUGAGCCUGCGCACCGAGGAGGACCUGGUAGAUGCCGAUGGCUCUUUUGCCGUGUCCGCUUCCUGUCUCCUGGCUCUGCUCCGGCCCCAGCACCCUGGGGGGAGUGAGGCCAUGUGCCCAUGGUCCAGCCAGAGCUUUGGGACCACGCAGCUUCGACAGUCUCCUGUGACCGCUGGGCUGCCUGGCACACGGUCCUCUUUGCAGCUGGUUACUGCUGGCCUGCCCAGCUCGGCCUCAGGGACGGCCAUCCGCAUCUUGGACCUGUGCUCCAGCCAACCCUGCCCAGUUGUCUGCUGCUCCUCACUCACCCCCAGCCCUGCCACUAGCCCCAGUCUUGGCUCCACCUUCAGCCCCAGCCGUGGUCUCAGACCCAGUCCCACCACCAACCGCUCAGGCUCCAGUCAGAUGCCCCUGCUGCCAGUCUCCAACAUCAGAGCCAAGUCCUGGGGCCUUUCAGCCAACGGCAUUGGCCACUCCAAGCAUCCUAAGAGCCUGGAGCCUGUGGCCAGCCCUGUAGUCCCCUUUCCUGGGGGGCAGGGCAAAGCCAAGAACAGCCCCAACCUUGCUCUCUAUAGCCGGGCCCGCCGAGGUGCCCCCCAGCCCAGCCUGGGCCCUGCCCAGUCCGCCGAGGCUCAAGGUCAGCCAGACCCCAUGCCUUCCCUGACCUCCAUCCAGGUGCUGGAGAAUGCGAUGCCCAUCACCUCCCAGUACUGCGCUCCAGGGGACGCCUGCAGGCCUGGGAAUUUCACCUACCACAUCCCUGUCAGCAGCAGCACCCCACUGCACCUCAGCCUGACCCUGCAGAUGAACUCCUCCUCCCCCGUGUCUGUGGUGCUGUGCAGCCUGACAGCAGAGGAGGAACCGUGUGAGGGGGGCGGCUUCCCACAGAACCUGCCAGCCUACCAGAACACCCAGGGCACCUCCCACCAGUGGCCAGUAACCAUCCUGUCCUUUCGUGAAUUCACCUACCACUUCCGAGUGGCACUGCUGGGUCAGGCCAACUGCAGCAUGGAGGCCCUGGUCCAGCCGGCCACAGACUACCACUUCCGCUUCUCCCGCCUGUGUGACUGA